AACAUGCCUGCCAAAAUCAACUUCACCGAACAGGAGGAGCGCAACAUUGCGCUCGCAAAGGAGUACAUGCGCAUCGCGUACUCCCCUGAGGAAAGCAAGGGAGCCGAGAGCGUGCGUCACCUGGUCGCCGAGAACUCCGAAAUGGUCGCACCAAGCACUUUCCCGGAGUGCAAGACGCUGCUGGACUACGCUGACUCGCACAGGACCGUAAUGGAUGCCGUAAACGACCUCUCCAUCACCUCCUAUGACUACGUUUUUGCAAAAGACAACAUGGUCCUCCUCCGCUACUCCGCCAGCGGCACACACAAGGGCAAGCCGCAUAAGGACAUCCAACCAACCGGCCGCAAGGCCUCAUGGCACGCCGCGGCCAUUUUUGAGGUCGAGGAUGGGAAGCUGAAGAAGUUCGUUAAGGAGUGGGAUAAGCUGUUGAUGUGGACACAGUUUGGCUGGAACAGGGGCGCUGAUCUCGUCUAA